GCGUGUGCCGUAUUUCGCCCUCUCGCUUCGUUCUGCGCGACCUCUCUGCUUAGCAUAACAGGCGGGGGGUCGUGAGCUGCAAUCCUUUCCUGUUGUGUGGUGUGAGGUUGGGGGUCGCGCGGUAGGUCCAUGGCUUGCGCCAUGUUCCUUCUCGGGCUAGGUUCAAAGAGGAGAACCCUCUGCGUGCGCGGAUGACCAGAGGGACGUUGUUCCUCUGCCUCUUGUUCUGGUUCGCGAAGAGGUUGGGGGAGACUCUCGUCCGGCCUCUGGGAUUCCCGGUGAUUCAUGUGGGCGAGAACACCCUGCCGACCAUGAGUAGGGUGUUAUACUUCCAUUUGGACUUAUCCACGGCAGAUUCCGAUGUGAGCGUUGGGUCCUUCUCGAGUGCACGAAUCACAUCUGUCAUGGCUUCCCGGAUAAACAUGAACGUGACGCACGCUUCCACUGCUGGUUUCCAAGACACCCUUUACACGAAGAAGGUGACUGUAAGAGGAGGAGUGACGAGUUUGUACGUGACCAUGAGCGGAGGACCGAGCGGUGGUCUGAGCGACGGCGGUGGUGGAGGAGGCGGUAACCGCAAUAGCGGGGGAAACGGGCAGAACGGUAAUUGGAACGGGGGUGGAGACAACAACUGGGCCAACGGCGGGAAUGGCAACAGCGGAGGUGGAGGAGGUGGUAAUGGUAACGGGAAUGGUGGGUGGAAUAACGGAGGUGGAGGCGGGAAUAAUAGGAACUGGGGCGGAGGCGGAGGCGCUGACAACUGGAGCGGAGGAGGGAAUGGUAAUUGGAGUGGGGGAGGCAACGGUAAUUACGGCGGACGUGGCAAUGGGAGUCAGUGGAACGGUGGUGCUAAUCAGUGGGGUGGAAAUGGUGGGGUGAACGGCACCGGGGGAGGAGGAGGGGACUGGAAGAGGUCGGCUAAAUGUUACAACUGUAAUCAGUUUGGGCACAUUAGUCGAGAGUGUAAUGCGCCUAGACAGGGCAAUGUCGCGCCCAAUGGGACCCGAGAUAACAACGACGGGGCAAGCAGUUCAAAUAGCGCGAACGAACCCGCGAUAGCUGCUGCUCCUGCAAUGAGCAAGGACUUGGAAGAAUCGCUGAGGAUGGUUUGCUUGUUUACAAACCGUCAGAUCGAAAAGGAGGAAAGGAUGGAGGCUAAGAAGCGAGAAGCUGAGGAAAGGAGGAAACAUGAGGAACACGAGAGAUCCGCUAGAGAAGAGAAAAAUCGCUUGGAGUUGGAGAGGAAACGAGCUAAGGAGAAAAAGGAAGCGGACAGGGAGUGGAAGGUUGAGCUGCUCCUAGCCAAGCAGAAAGAGACGUUACGUGAGGAGUUCGAGCGUAUGCUGGAUAAGAGAUUGAAGAACGCGAUAAUUUCGGGGAAAGCCCUGAAAGGAAAAGGAAGAGCUGAUUCAAGCUCGGAUGAAGAGGAAGAAGAACCAGCUGAGGAUAAGCUGGAGAAACGGAAACGUCAGCAAGUUCCGACGUGCUAGGUCACCUCGCCGGGGGAAUCACCGAUGAAAGUGGGACGAGCAUCUACCUCACUGCCUCGGGCGACAGUUGAGGAAAGAUCCCCGCAGUUGGGUGUACCACAACGA